GAGUUUUCACUAAACACUGAUGUGUGUUCACUUCUAUUUGCAUCAUCACAUAUAGCUGCACACCGUAGCUUGCACGUCUACCAUAUAGAUCUCACGCUAUAUCUACUCGAGGUGUGUCUACCUGUGAGAUUAGAUGUUUUCAUCAUGGCAGUGCUCAAACUUAUAUCAGCGGCAGUAAUUUUAACGGUGAUAGGUGAAUGUCAUAGUGAAUACUAUGGGAAGCUGAUUGGAGAGUUCAUACAACAAGGCGAUACACCAGCCACUCAUCAUAAUGUAAAUGGGACGGUGUACGCAGUAGAUGAUGACACACUACAAAUCAUUGGAUUCACCUUCGAUGGAAAAGCUCCUGACACCUUCUUUUUCAUCGGUACGUCAGGAACACCUUCAGGAAAUAGCUACGUCAUUCCUAAGGCAAUCGGACUUGGUUCUGAGAAGUUAGGUGCAUACAGCAAUGAGGACUUGACAAUUCACCUUGAUACAUCAGAAGGACCUGGAAGUCUCUCAGACUACCUCUGGAUAUCGGUCUGGUGUAAACAAGCCGGGGCCAACUUUGCGGAUGUGACUAUCCCAUCGGACUUUACCCCUCCCCAGGAAUACUCACUUGGUAGACUAGGUCUUAGCCCUGUUGUUCAUGGCGUCACUGCUGAAGACGUCAUCAUUCUGAACUCUAAACUCAUCCGUUUCGUUGGUCUCAACUAUGAUGGAAGAGGACCAGAUGCUUAUUUCUGGACGGACACGGUGACCAAUCCUACUACUAGCGGAAUGAGGGUUCCUCAGGACGGUGAAAGAACCGCCAGCAAACUGAAUCAGCCACUGUCUGGAGUAACACGCACUGUCCGUUUACCUGGUGAUGUAUUCGAAUUACGGAGUAUAGGUUUAUGGUGUGUUCUAGCUAGACAAAACUUUGGUCAUGUUGUUAUCCCUGAUGACCUGAUGAGUCGUGGCGUGAUCAUACCUGCUACUGCUGCUGAUGAUGAUGCACCAGCUUAUGAUAACUGUGAGGUUCUGAAAGACGAUGAUUUUCAGGUGAGUUGGACUAUCGAUGGCGAUGAUAUUGCUAUAAGUCUAGCUAGUCGUCAAGGAUUCAAUCAGUACAUGGCCUUUGGUCCGAGUGGCUCUGACUCGAGGACGCUCAUGCCUGGAUCCGAUGUCAUCGUCGCUUUCAUUGACGGUGACACCUCCAUGGGCAUGGUCGAUGACUACUACUUGUCAGAUUAUACAAUGUGUGCAUCAGGCAAUGGAGUAUGUCCAGAUAUACGGGCUGAUACAAGUUCUCCUGGAACCAAUGACGUCACCUUAUCUGGUUUUACUACAGACGGUGGCAUUACACGCAUCAACUACAAACGGCCUCUCAAUGCAACUGAUCGCUUUGACCGAGCCAUCAUGGCGGCUGGUCCUCAGUAUAUCAGCUGGGCUCUGGGACCAAUCAAUGAUGAUGGACUAGCUACAUAUCACAAUUCUGACAGAACUCCAGGGAACAAACAGAUCGAUUUCGGGAGCGAUGGCUCUAGAUGCCCUGCAUUCACAAUGAGGACAGACGAUGACGACUUUGAACCGUUCAAGGUCAAGCCAAUCAUAGCACUGGAGGACACUGUAUUCAGAUGCGAUAUCGGAUCAUCAGGAGGUCCUAAGGGGUACCAAGGAAUCACAGGUACCGUUGGAUGGGGCAUUGCCUGGUAUAUCGAUCGAGACCUCAUCCCAGAGAUCACCGUCAAAAGGAACCAGACCUAUACCUUUAAGGUGUAUGGAGGUUCGAACCCACAACAAUCAGCUUCCUAUCAUCCCUUCUACAUUACCACUGACCCUGCAGGUGGAUACGAUCAGCUAUCAGAGGCUGAUAGAACUAAUCAUGAGAUUCUCGCAGGUCCAGUGAACGGUUCAUAUUGUAUCUACGAGGAGACUAAUACCACACCCGAUGAAGAUGAUAUCGACUCGUAUGAACGCUACCGUGUUUCUCUGCGGUUGAAUUGUCCUAAUGGUGAUGAGAACCCUGGUACUCUCGUAUGGACUCCUGAUGAGGACACUCCUGACGUCGUCUACUAUCAGUGUUACACCCAUCGUAACCUUGGUUGGAAGAUCAACGUCUCAGAUGAUGCCAACAAAUGUGUUCUCUCUCUUAUCACCAUGACAACAGCAUUCAUCAUCGCCAUCUUGCUGAUGGCUAGAAAUGUUUAACUUGAGAGGCUGUAAAACAAGUGUACAUUGUAUUUCAUUCACAAUGACUGUACGCGAUUAUCUCUACUUUCUGAAAUAAAAGAAGAACUUUUUAACUCGUAGAUUCUAGUUUAUUAAGGUAUGACGAAUCAUUUAAUUCUGUAUAUAUGACUCACAUAUUUGCACUUAUAAGCAUUUUUAUGAGAUAUAAAUGGAGUGCCCUGUAGUGGUGUGGGCCAUGAUUCCUGAUUCCUGAUUAUUCUUAUUAAACCACAUGUCUACAAAAUUAAUACGGACAUCUGCAUACAUCUGAGAUGUUCUUGACAUGAAUAGAGGUUAAUUAUCAUAAUAAAUUAUUGAUUUUGUUUCCUUUACAGAAAAGUAAUGUAAGACGUUUAAAAUGUACAUGUAUUAUUUUCUAAAGUGUUAUAAAUUGGUAUUUGUGUUAAGCAUUAAAAGACGUUAUUUCAAGCCCAGUCACAUUCGACCUCGUGAACACGGUCCGUUUGUUUAUCGGUCGGUUUGAAGUUGGGUUUGGCGGUGUAACUGGGGUUUGGCCUGUUGUAAAUGUUCGUUGUGUAUGCUAAUCUGUGUAGUUCCAAGUAAUUCGUAGAUGCAAAAGAUUCUUAUAUUCCGUGACGUCUGUAUGUAUAUGUCAUCAAUGUUUUAUAUGUUAUAUCCUCGAAUGAAAAUAUUUGUUGAAAUAAGUGGUUCUAGAGGUGUAGAAAAAGUAAUAUUGUGAUUUUUCUCGUACUAACAGAGGAAAGCCUAGUAAGCUUCAAUUACAUUUUUCAGACUAGACCUUGAUAUUUUUUCAAUGCUUACUCAUGCUCUUUCUCUCUCUUCUUCUUUCUGCGUUUCUUUUCCUCUCUUCUUUUUUCUCUCUCUCUCUAUCUCUCUCUCUCUCUCUCACUUUCUAUCUUUAUCUCUCCUCUUUCUCUCAUUUCUUUCUUGAUCUACAACCCAUUUUAAUUUCUAUAAUUAUAUUGUUUUAGACCUAUUUCUCCCAAAAGACUUAUAUAACCCAGAUAUGUUAACAAGUAAUUCUUCUUGCUUUAUCUUUUGUCUCAAGAGUCAUUUCACUGCUGCUGAUAAAGUCAUUCAAAUUUGACGCAUAUUUUUCUCCUAAAAAUUACUAAUAACUUGUAUACACCCAUUAAAACUAUGAUGAGCAUUCAACUUUUUGCAGUUUGUGAAAGUUUUUCUUGCUAAAUGUCUGUCCUCAAUAAGUCACAAAAGCUCAUAUUGCACAAAAAAUCUGGUUUUAAAGUAAUCAAUGUAAAUAAAAAGAGAAAAGGAAGAAAAUGACAAGUGAUAUUAUUAACAUGGCCGACACUCAUUGUUUUCAAUUUAUUGUAAAGGUGCCUGUGUGAACGGUAUGGCGAGGACAUAUGCUACAAAAAUAAGGAUGGUCUACAUAAAAAAAAAGUCAAACAGAAUUUCCAGGAAAAAA